AUGGCAAGUCCGGAGCUGCGCAGGCCAAUGGACCUGGCGUGCAAUACACCGAGCAUCGGCAAUGGUGCCAGCUACGACAACGUCACUGCCAACAGAAUCCGGGCUGCGGCGCACUGUUUCGAGGCCAGGCGAUUCGGAACCCUCUGCUCAGAGACCCUCGGCAAGGCUGCCAUUAUGACGGUGUAG